GUGUAAAAGCAUAAAAAUACGAAAAAUAAUUUUUUUUUAAAUUUAUCCGAAUAAAACAAAAACAAAAAAAAAUAAAAAUGAUAAUUUAAUUAAUAAUUGUUUGCACGUUUAAAAAUUUCAAAGAAAUUAUCAGUAAAAGUGUUUUAAUUUUUUUUUGUUCUUAAUUCUGAAAUAAAAAUAUAAAAGAUUUUAGUGGUGUUUACAUUGUAAGGCUAUAAGAAAGAUUAAGAGGUAGUGCGGGCGUUUGGAAUUCGUAAAACACUAAAACAAUUAAAAAGGAAAUGAAAAAUUCUCAAGUGCGAUGAUAACAGCGCAUUGCAAUCAAGUAUAUACAUACGCAUAUUUAUACAUAAUAUAAAUAUGUUUUACAUGUUAUCAUCAAAUUUCUAAAAGUGAACAAGAGGAAGUGAAAGAAAUGCAAGAACAAUUUAAGUUAAAAAUGUCUAUAUAAAUUGCAUAUACAUAAAGUAUUAACAAUAUAAAAUUAUUAUAUAUGUAUUUAUUGAAAUCAUGUUAUUAAAACAAAAACAUGGAGUCGAUUUUAAAUUUGUGCUUUUAAAAUGCAGAAAUUUCUUUAAAUAAUUCUUAAUUUUUGUUAAAUAAAUUAAUAUACUUAAUAUAAUGUGUAAAAUAAAAUGUGAAAAUUAUGUUUGUGUACAUGUUAAUUAUUAUAAUGUGAAAUUUAAUAAUUAAAUUUAAUUAAUUAGAACAUAAAAUAUCAACAUAAAACGAUAACUAUAGUAAAUACACAUACAUUUAGAACAAGCGAAAGAAAGUCAGAAAAGGAGUGAAAAAUAAAGAGAAAACUAGAAGUAGAAAGAGAAAAUAAAAUAAAAUUCAAAAUGUUCAGAAUCAAUCUCUUUAUUACAUAUUUACUCUUAGGUUAUGGAUGCUUCAUUAAUCCUAUUUCCGGGAACACAUACCCUGGUUUAAGACGGCGUCCACCACAAUUAACUUCUGUCGAGGAAACAAAUAUUUUAACACAAAUCGUUGAAGAUUUAGCAAGACGACGUUUUCAACAAAAAUUAGUACAAGAUCAAUUCUAUAAUCAUUUAAGUCAACACAAUCAAAAUGGACCAAAUCCAAAUACAAUUCUUGAUGAAGACUAUAAUUCAGCACCUGGACAAAGUUUCACAUAUGAAUUUCCAGAAGCGAAUCACGAAAUCGAACCAACUGGUAAAAUUGAAUUUGCAGUAAAUCCCUCCGAUCCUCGUUACUAUGAAGGUCACAACAAAAAUCAAAUUUCAUUAAAUGAUGAUCCAUUAAGUAGUGGUAGCUUAGCUGCUACAAAAAAUUUAUUAAAUUCUUAUGAUUCUGUUAUAACAAAUCCUAAUAACAAUUUUAAUAUUAAUAAAGAAGUUAAUGGAAAAGGGAUAUUUGCUAAUAAUAAUAAUAAAAGUGUAAAAGAUAUUCUGUUUAAUAAAGUUAAGCCACCAAUGGAUUUUACCUCAAAAACAACUCAAUCUUUGCAAUCAUUAUUAUUACCAAAACCAUUUCGAGGACGUGAUGAUAUUGCAAAACUUGUACAGAAAUUACAGCAAGAGGGUAAAGCAAAUACUGUUAUUAAUGGCAAUCCAAAUUCAUUACUAAGUAGUGGUCAGAGAACUCAAGAAGUAGUUGUUAAAGAAAGAGUUGGGGAUAAUGACGUCAGUAUGUAUAUGGUUGCCUUAUUAUCAGGAAUUACAGCAGCUGUUUUAGUUGGUUUUAUGGCUUUGGGAAUCGCGUGGAUAACAUUACAAAGAAGAACAAAAGCGGCUGCUGAUGUUGAUUAUCCUGCGUAUGGAGUAACUGGUCCUAAUAAAGAUUUAUCACCUUCUGGUGAUAAACGGUUAGCACAAAGUGCACAGUUAUACCAUUAUCAACAUCAGAAACAACAAAUUAUUGGUAUGGAAAAUCGGCAACCGCCAGAACAAACAACAGGGCAGUCAGAUGUUGAAAGUGAUGAUGAUAAUGAUGAAGGAGAUUAUACAGUAUAUGAAUGUCCCGGAUUGGCAUCGACAGGCGAAAUGGAAGUAAAAAAUCCUUUAUUCAUAGAUGAGACACCAGUUUCGACACCAUUGAGUACUACUGCAACAACAGGAACUAUAACAACUGCAACUACAACAUCGACCGCUGCAACAAAUACUACAGAUUCACCAAAACAUACACAAAAAUUACAAAAUAAACCGCAAUCACAACAAUUACAAUCUGUAAAACAACAACCGCAAGGUAGUAAUAUAUCAUCUUCAUCCUCGUCAUCAUCACCAUCAUCGUCAAUACAACAGCAACAAAAAAUCUCUCCAAGAUCACAAUCACCAAAUUCAGUAAAUAAAUCACCGAAAACUGCAACUAAAAAAGAAAAACAACCACCACCAACACCACAAAGAAAAUAUAAAACAGGAAAUUCAACAACAACGUCAACACCCUCUCAACAACAAACAUCAUCUACAGCCAAUGGACAACAAGAUCAGGUGGAAAAUAAUCCUAAAUAAAUUUAUAAAAAUAUAAUUAAGCAAAAAGAGUGAGUCUAUUCAUAAAGUUGAAAUCAACACAAAUAAUGUAAAGGAGAAUGAAUGCAUUGAAUUUUAUCAAAAAUUAAAUAAAUAAAAAUAUUUAACAUCUUGUAAUUAAUAUACAUAACUACAUAAAUAUGAGCAAAGAGAAACUAUAUUUAUAAAAUAUUUAUUGUAAUUAUACUUCCAAAAGAAAAAACAAAAAAAAUAUAAAAAAAUUAAAUAAAAAUUAAAUAAAUAAAUUGAAAUAUUACAAAAAAGGGGCUAAACUUUUCACUAUAAAUAUAAAACGAAAAAAGGUAUGUCCUUUCUUAAUGCUUAUUCUAGUAGCUAGAACUUUUUUUCAAAAACUUUAACCAUAUGAACUCUAUUGCAAAAUUUUACAUAAUUUAAACGUAUUUAUAUACAUACACAAGUAAAUAUUGGCAGAUAUUGUAUAUAUAUUAAAUUCAAAUCAAAAAUUGUUGUAUUUUGAAACGGGACUAAUCCUCUAUACUCAGUAAACUAAAAAUCUUUUAUAAUUAAGUUCUUCAAUUGAUUCAAAAUAUUUUAAUUGUGAUUUUUAAGAGGCGUGUUAAAUUUUUUUGGCAUGAGUCAAAUAUAAGAGUAGAAUUUUAGUUUAUUUCUAAAGCUCUAUGGUAAUCAUGAUAUUCCUAAAAAAUUAUUAUGAAAAACCAUAGUUUGCUAAUAUUUUUCCUUUUACGGGCAAUUUAUGUAAAUAUUUCAAGGUACAUAAAAAAUGUUGCAUGUACUUCAAUUAAAAAUCUUAAUAAUUUAAUUGAUUCAGAUUUCUAUUUUUAUUUACCAUGAUUUAGAAUUGCCAUGAUAGAGUAGCUUGAUAUUUGAUUAAGUAAAAAUUUAAAUUUUAUUUAUUAUAAGAGGAUUCCACAAUUUCAAUAAUUUUAAACUGCUACAAUGUAAUAAAAUUAAGUAACAACAAAAAAAUUUAAUCAAUAUAAAAUGGCUUCGUUCACCUAAAUGUAUGCAAUAUUAACAACCAUUAUAUUAUAUUGCAUAAAAUUGUUUUAUUUAAAAA